AUGCAAAAGUUGAAUUGGCAGUACAAGGUAAGUAGAAUGUCGGACGAUAGACUACCAGCCAUGGUUGACAAGGCAGCUUGGGAGUUAUUGGACACGGAAGGGUUCGGGGGGUUCAAGAAGAAAGUCAAGGAGAUGCUAGAAAGUAGGGAGGAGGCAACCCUUUGGAAGAAGGUACGAAGCGAAGACCACUUGGAGAUAUACGGGAAGUUGAAAGAAGGGAUAGGGAUGAAGAGGUGUGACAUGGACAAGUUUGGUAAAUUAGACAACAGCGAAAAAACGAUCGCGGUAAUUGGGGAUAGAUGGUGGGCACAAGAGGCCGUAGAGGACGGGGAUAACAUGUGCAAGGAAUUUUUACGUAGGUUGUGGCAGAAACGUAAAGAGCUCCCAAAUGUUGGUGUGGUGUCUCUAGUAGGGGUAGGAACGGUGCUCCGUCUCGAAAGGGACGCGUGGUCAAUGGUCAAAUGA